AUGACGUCUGCUUCCUUGUCGACCGUGUCCCGGUCCUACAAUGACGCAAUUGAUGCGCUCAACUCUCUCCAGACUCCCUUUGCCAUUAUCGAGGCCCGCCGCAAGGCGGGCAUUCGGCCCGAUGCUGCCUCCAUUGCCGAGAUGCAGGUCUACCUGCGUCGCAUUGGAUACACCGCCGCGGACCUUGAUCCUCUAAACAUCAUCCAUGUCGCCGGCACCAAGGGCAAGGGAAGCACUUGCGCUUUUACUGCCUCCAUCCUCAGCCACCAUCAGAAGCUCACCGGCUACCCGAAGCGUAUCGGCCUCUUUACCAGUCCACAUCUCGUGGCUGUGCGUGAGCGCAUCCGCAUCGACGGUAGGCCCAUCAGCGAGGAUCUCUUCGCACGCUACUUCUUUGACGUCUGGGACCGCCUGGGCGAAGCCGAGGCCCGCGAUGGCCCCCACGUCGUCGAUCAGCGCCUCGGAGGAGGCAUUCCCAUGCCUCCUCGGCCGAUAUAUUCCCGCUAUCUCACUCUGAUGAGCUACCACGUCUUCCUUGCAGAAGGGGUGGAUGUGGCUGUCUAUGAAACAGGCAUCGGUGGCGAGUUCGACGCCACAAAUAUUGUCGAACGGCCCGUUGCCUCUGGCAUCAGUACACUGGGCAUUGAUCAUGUUUUCGCAUUGGGCGACACCGUUGAUAAAAUUGCUUGGCACAAGGCCGGCAUCAUGAAGCCCGGCUGUCCGGCCUUCACUAUCGAACAGGUUCCUGCAGCGGAAGAUGUGCUCAAACAGCGGGCGCGGGAGAAAGGCGUCGACCUGCGAGUCCUCCCGAUAGACCCACGACUACAGGGGGUGGCGAUUCGACCUGAUGCCGCAUUCCAGAAGAAGAAUGCAACAUUGGCGAUAUUCCUUGCCCAAGCCGCUCUGCAGAAACUGGACCUGGGCUUCAAUUUUGACCCAUGUGGUCCUGCUCUUCCACAAGACUUCAUCGACGGCCUCGAGCAGGUUGUCUGGCGCGGCCGCUGCGAAAUCAAACCCGAGGGCGCCGUCACAUGGCAUGUGGACGGCGCCCAUACCGUAGAUAGCCUGAAGAUGGCGGCCCGGUGGUUUGCAGGCGAAUGUGAAGGCAGGCAAUUAACUUCCACAUUCUCCAAGCCGCCUCCGCUCCAUCAGGUCUUGAUUUUCAACCAGCAGGGUCGCGAAGAAGCCAUUCACUUUCUUGAGGGUAUCGUCUCUACCUUGUCGUCCAAGAACCAGCGCUUCGAGCACGUUAUAUUCUGUUCGAAUGUUACGUAUGCUGCCACAGGGUAUAAGCGGGACUUCGUUAAUCACCAGUACGACCCUGAAGCCAUCAAAGCCCUGACUGCGCAGCAUGGUUUCGCAGAAAGGUGGCGCACGCUAGACCCCGAGGCCCAAAUCACUGUUGUACCAACCAUUGAGGAUGCGAUUGAGCUCGUGAGGAAACUCGGGGCUGAAGUCCCGGCCCAAGGAGAUGGUCAUGAAGUACAGGCUUUGAUCACGGGGAGCCUGCAUCUCGUUGGAGGUGCACUCGGCAUCCUAGAAGGCGCUGAUGCUUUGUAG